AUGGGAAAGCUUAUCAAGAACCACUGGGCGAGGCUCAUCAUCCUGGCCUCGGCAACUUACCAGAUUGCCGCUGCGAUAGAAGGGUACUUCUGGCCCAAGAUCCUGUGGGACUUCCUCACCAAGACCCUCGACGGUGCCGUCAAGCCGAUACCAGUCCUCCAGACCAUCAACCUCAUCUGCGGCCUUUUCCUUCUUGCGUGGGAGUGGCCCCUCAACUUCAUCGCCGGCACCAGCAUCCACCGCAGUCUCGAAGCCCGUCUCGCAUUCCUUCCUCUUUCCGCACUCGCCGCCGCCCUGCUGUACCAAGGUACCAACGCUGCGAUUUAUCAGGUGAUUGGACUGGGGGUGUAUUUCUGGGCGUACAGUGAAGGAGAGAUCAUCUGCGCAAAGCCAUGGACACUACCACAACGAGGCGGAAAGGGAAGCAGGGCAUAAAAAGCCAUCAUCUCUUCUGGAUUUUUAACUCAAAACACAAAAGCACAAAUACAAAACCGCUUUUAGGUUGUGGCAAAACACAUAACCAAAAAGAGCCUUUUUUUUUGGUCCCUACCUACAUAACCGAAAUGACGACGUUUAGCGCCGACGACGGUGUGAAUAUCAACCUUCUACCCUUCUUCCACUUAUCUUACAACUCCACAUCUCACCAAAAAUCUUUUUCUCUUCCUGGCCGAGCCGGAGACAACAAUAACCGACACUACUUCCGAGCAACUGUGCAAAGGAAGAAGAGAAGGGAUGAUAAUAUAAUUCCUUUUGGGAAGUGAGGGAUAUGUGGGGAAGAAAAAGGGGAAACGUACAUACAUACAACAAAUGAUACCAGAUCCCAACAAACUUCUUAGAGGACGGAUGAGGAGGAAGAAGCAGCAGGCAGUAAAGAGAGAGAGAGAGAGAGAUAGGUUGAGGAGGAGCAGGGGGAAGGAAGCUUUCUAUCUUUUCAUGAAUAUACUAGUAUUUCUUAUUCUAUCAUGAUGAACAUCUCCUUUCUUUACCAUGAACAGAGCGAUGAUGGUGGUUGCAUUUGCAUGAGAGGGAGCGGGAGGGGCAGUGCAGGGAGGAUAUCUUAGGGGUUGCGUUGUAUAUCCAAGAUGUGGAGCUGUAAAAAUCUCAACAACACAUGAAUACAUCGCCUCAGUUGCGGUAAACACUGACAACAACUAUCUUCAUGGCAAUCGUCGGCUGAUGUGAAA